AGAGGAGACGCGGGGGCCAUUUUGUGAAGAGGCGAAGGUUGAGUUGUUGCGGCCGCGUUGCGGACGUCGAGCAGCAGUCGGCUUCUCGUCGUAGAACCUGGGAGUAGGAGAUUCAGAAUCGAAUCUCUUCUCCCUUCCCCCUCCUGGGCAGCAAGGCGAACCCCAUCCCUACUCACUGGAGCUCAGCUUUGAUUUUUAACCUCCCUUCCCCACCCUUCCAGAACACACACAUUCCCAUUCCAAAACUGAUUUUAUAAAGACAUUUUAAACAUAAUGAUGCAACUUGGUGUGCACUACGGCAAAUUUACAGGUGUUUUUUUUUUAAUUGUUUCCAAAAACGGGACUUGGAUUUAAGAUGUAAUUUUUAAAUUUCUAUUUCUAUUUUUUCUGCAGCAGUUGGGUAGGAGGAGGAGGAGCCUUUUAGCCUCUCAUAAACUGACCUCUCUACUUCCUCGUGUAUUUUUAAGUUUGAUUGAUGAUGUGGAAAGGGCUUUGCUUGUCUGCUACUGAGAACUUUACCCUUGCGGUUUUUGUGGAAACUGCUUUUGGAAAGAGAAAAGAAAUGAACUUUACUGACUUGACAUUUUUGCACCUCCCGUUUUUCUAAUCUGGGCUAUUUUUAUUUUUGUUUUUUUACAGUGAGAUUUUUUUGAUCUUCAGCUACAGUAAGUUAUUCCAAUUUUUUUUUUACAUUUUUCCUGACUUUCCGCUGAUUUCCUUUUUAUUGUUGUUACUAGUUACUAUUAUUAUUUAUUAUUAUACUUAAUGAUGGUGAUGAUGAUGAUGAUAAUGACACUGAUGAUUUUUAACCGGAUUAAAAUCGAGUUUUUCUGAAUGUUCAUAAGAAUUUCUCCGGCCUCCUGAUUGACUUUGGAGUUUUGCAUCUUGGGAGAGAAAGUGAAGGCAUUAGCAUUUUUAAGUGGAUUGAUCACAUAAACCUUUUCUCUCCCAACCCCUCCCCUCCCCCCCGCCCUCAUCCCCUUCCCCACGCUCGAAAGAAUUUUACUGGCUGUUAAGUCUGUGACCUUAUUUUUCCUGAUCUUUAACUUAACUGUUUUAGAGCAUCUCUGGACGUCGUCUGUAUUUUUAAUUUUUUUAUUUUUGUUUUUUUUAUUUUUAAUCUUUCAUUUGUUAAAUUUUUAAACUGUGCUGCAAUAAAAUGUGUGUGGUACUACUUAACACCUAAGUUGGUGAUGGCAUUUUCCCAGAAAGCCAUCUCCCUCCUGUUUCCCUUGAAAUCCCAUCCUGCUUUUCCUGUACACUACCCCUCACAAACCACAAGCUGCAGCAACAUGGAUGCCCAGCCUGGAGCAGCAGCAGCCAGGAUGACCUGGAGCCAGGGGGGCCUUCGGAACAGAUGCACACCCUUCCUGGGUGAUGUUUUUCAGCUUUGUGAGGCACCUUACCAUCAAAGACAAUGGCCAGCAAUGUUACCAACAAGACGGAUCCUCGCUCCAUGAACUCUCGUGUAUUCAUUGGGAAUCUCAAUACUCUUGUGGUCAAGAAAUCUGAUGUGGAGGCAAUCUUCUCGAAAUAUGGCAAAAUCGUGGGUUGCUCUGUUCAUAAGGGUUUUGCCUUCGUUCAGUAUGUUAAUGAGAGAAAUGCCCGGGCUGCUGUGGCAGGAGAGGAUGGCAGAAUGAUUGCUGGCCAGGUUUUAGAUAUUAAUCUGGCCGCAGAGCCAAAAGUGAACCGAGGAAAAGCAGGUGUGAAACGAUCUGCAGCGGAGAUGUACGGGUCAGUACCAGAACACCCUUCUCCGUCCCCUCUACUCAGCUCCUCUUUUGACUUGGACUAUGACUUUCAACGGGAUUAUUAUGACAGGAUGUACAGUUACCCAGCACGUGUUCCUCCUCCUCCUCCUAUUGCUCGGGCUGUAGUGCCCUCAAAACGCCAGCGUGUAUCAGGAAACACCUCACGAAGGGGCAAAAGUGGCUUCAAUUCUAAGAGUGGACAGCGGGGAUCUUCUUCUAAGUCUGGAAAGUUGAAAGGAGAUGACCUUCAGACCAUUAAGAAGGAGUUGACCCAGAUAAAACAAAAAGUGGAUUCCCUACUGGAAAGCCUGGAAAAAAUCGAAAAGGAACAGAGCAAACAAGGAGUAGAGAUGAAGAAUGAUAAGUCAGAAGAGGAGCAGAGCAGCAGCUCCCUGAAGAAAGAUGAGACUAAUGUGAAGAUGGAGUCUGAGGGGGGUGCAGAUGACUCUGCUGAGGAGGGGGACCUACUGGAUGAUGAUGAUAAUGAAGAUCGGGGGGAUGACCAGCUGGAGUUGAUCAAGGAUGAUGAAAAAGAGGCUGAGGAAGGAGAGGAUGACAGAGACAGCGCCAAUGGCGAGGAUGACUCUUAAGCACAUAGUGGGGUUUAGAAAUCUUGUCCCAUUAUUUCUUUACCUAGGCGCUUGUCUAAGAUCAAAAUUUUCACCAGAUCCUCUCCCCUAGUAUCUUCAGCACAUGCUCACUGUUGUCCCCAUCCUUGUCCUUCCCAUGUUCAUUAAUUCAUACUGCCCUGCGCCUAGUCCCAUUUUCACUUCCUUUGAUGCUCCUAGUAGUUAUGUUAAGUCUUACCCUGUAAUUUUUGCUUUUAAUUUUGAUACCUCUUUAUGACUUAACAAUAAAAAGGAUGUAUGGUUUUUAUCAACUGUCUCCAAAAUAAUCUCUUGUUAUGCAGGGAGUACAGUUCUUUCCAUUCAUACAUGAGUUCAGUAGUUGCUUCCCUAACUACAAAGGCAGUCUCAUUAGUUGAGUAGCACCUGAGAGCAGCUUUGAAUUAGAGGUAUGCGUGUUAUACCCCACAUAAGAGUGCUGUGUGGGGCUGUUCAACACAAAUGUAACAAUGUAUUUUUGUGAAUGAGAGUUGGCAUGUCAAAUGGAUCCUCUAGAAAAAUAAUUAGUGUAAUAGUCUUAAGAUUUGUUUUCUAAAGUUGAUACUGUGGGUUAUUUUUGUGAAUAGCCUGAUGUUUGGGACCUUUUUUUCUCAAAAUAAACAAGUCCUUAUUAAA